UGGGACAAACUGGUAGGUGUUACAACCGAUGGCUGUCCAAAUCUGACGGGGAAAAAUGUUGGACUUUUGAGGCGGAUGCAAGAUAAAGUGACUGAAAUUAACCCAGAACAGAAAUUGAUAUUUUUGCAUUGUAUCAUUCAUCAGGAGAUGUUGUGCAAGUUAGUGCUAAAAAUUAGCCAUGUUGUUGAUGUUGUAACUACAAUAGUUAAUUUCAUCAGAGCAAGAGCACUGAAUCACAGACAGUUUGUUUCACUGUUAGAGGAGCAUGAAAGUGAACAUAGUGACAUAGGCUACCAGACAGCUGUGAGAUGGCUCAGUCUUGGCAAGGUGCUUAAAAGAGUAUGGGACCCGAGAGCAGAGAUCAAGGAGUUUUAUGAAAAGAAAGACAAGGACAUUCCAGAGCUCUCAGAUACACACUGGAUUGCAGAUCUGGCCUUUGUUGUUGAUGUGACUGCACUAAUGAAUGAACUAAACACCAAGCUGCAAGGCAAGGGCAUCUUUGCACACGAAAUGCAGAGCUUGGUGACAGCUUUCAUGAGAAAGUUGAAGUUUCUUUCAAGUCAAUUAGAGGGCAACAUUCUCACUCACAUGCCAACACUAAAAGAAGUGACACUAUCAGCUGAUCACCUCCACAAGUAUUCAUCCAUGUUAGGGGCACUGCAUGGUGAGUUUUCAAGAAGAUUUGAAGACUUCAAAACAGUUGAGUGA